AUGGCAGCCGCAACCGCGAAGCCAGCUUUGACGAUGCUGCGACACGAGCCAAAGCCGUUCAAACGCCUGCAGAAAGUUGUAAGCACGGGGGCUUGGGCGAACACCGACGGUACAAAACCCCCACCACUGGAGAGCCGAUUUUCAGAUAUCAAAAAGCGCCUAGUAUCUCCUGAAAGAUACGAUGCUGUGCAGAAGAGUUGGGAAAGGCUUCUUGCUGCAAUGGAACAAAGAGUGGCUGAGAUUGAAAGAGAAGGUCCCAAAUCGAUCCCGGUUGUAAGCUUUUCGGAUAUCGGAGAGAAUGGCCAAUUUCCUUCGACUUUGGCAGAUGAGAUUCGAAACCGCGGUUGCUGCGUCGUGAAGAACGUCGUGUCUGCAGAGCAGGCCCUCAAAUGGAAAAAGGCUAUGUUAGACUACGUCCACAGCCAUCCCGACGUUACUGGGUUUCCGGAAGAGAAGCCAACCCUGUGGAAAGUGUACUGGACACCAGCACAAGUGGAAGCUCGUUCUCACCCCAACAUGAUCAAGGCGCAGGUGGCUGUGAGUCAGCUGUACACGGUUGGCUCCAGCGACGUCAACAUCGACUUGAAAAGCCAGGCCAUGUAUGCUGAUCGUUUCCGAGUCCGAGAGGCAGGUGCUGUACAUGCGCUUCCUGAGCACUUGGACAACGGAUCAAUUGAGCGGUGGGAGGAUCUGUCAUACAGCGCCUGUUACGAGCCAAUUUGGGAUGGGAGAUGGGAAGACUAUGACGCAUGGGACAUGACGCACCGGGCGGAUGCCGUGACAGACCUGUACGGCGGCCCAGGAGCAUGCUCCGUUUUCCGUAGCAUCCAGGGCUGGCUUUCAAUGGCAAACAAUGGACCACAGAAAGGGACGCUGCAACUUCUACCGGACAUCAAGUUGAGCACGGCAUACAUGCUGCUGCGUCCAUUCUUCGACGACGACGGCAAGUUGGACAUGGAAAGCACUUACUUUUACGGUGCGGAGCCUGGGAUGGGGCAGGUCUUGAAGGAUGACUGGCAUCCCGCUUUGCAGAUGGACAAAUCUGUGAUCAGCGUUCCGGAGAUCCAGCCAGGUGAUUACGUGUUUUGGCACUGUGACAUGGUCCCACUGACGCGAUACAACGUUGCCAAUAUGGUGGAACAACGGAAAGCAUUCCUGUCGGGAUUACCUCCGCCUGAUUUUCCGGUGGCUGCUGGGACUCGGACAGAGGCGGAUCAUGAGGAUCGAGGCAGCGCUGAGAACAUUCUGAGCACGGAGGGAAGGCGCAUGCUUGGACUUGAGGCAUUCAACGUUCAGGAGGAGGGAUUGACAGCAGCUCAGCGGCGCAUCAGGGAAUACGCCAACAAGAUACUGGGGUUUACCGCCGAAGCCCUAAUCAACGCCCUCUCAGCUGCAUCUUCCCGGCAACUCACCUCACCCGCCUUGAUGAAUCCUGCAAACGGCGGGGAGCGCUUCUCCACCGCGCCUGAACCAUCAGCCAUCGAGCGCGAUGCCUUCGAGCACGAUCGAAAAAGAGAAUGGUCGACCAUCGACCGUGAGAAACAGGCAUUGAAGGAACAAAGAGAUGAGGCCGCGCAGAUGAAACAGCGCCUGAUGUUCGGCAUCAGCGAGUAUUUCUGGAAGAAGGCAGAGCUUGAAAGCGGCCUGAUCCCCGCUCCUAGGGCACCCGGCGGGAGCCGUUCCCAGCUACAGCCUGAGUCCGAUAUGGAAGAGCAGCAUUCGCCAAUGAGAAUGCAAGGCCGGCCCGAGCUGAGCAGUCAGCUUCUAUCACUCACCGAAUUGCGCUCUCCUUCGGCUUUGUCGCCCGCCCAAUUCGCAGAUGAUGAAAGAGAGGGUGAUGACCUGCAGCCAGCAACUGUCCCGAAGAGAAAGAGAGGCAGGCCCCGAUUGAACAAAGCCACGCAAAACGAUGCCGCGGACAAAUCGCCUGGACCACCUAGGAAAAGAGGCCGCCCGAAGCUUUACCAUCGUACCGAAUACGGAACCAAGUUGCCCCUCGCAUACUUAUCACCGGACGGGGCCACCAUAGAUGCUCAGCAAGUUCGAACGCAACGUGCUGAGCAUUGGGAUCAUGUUGUCCGCUUCAUUAAAGACCACCAGCAGGCCGCCGGGUUUCGUCUCCGUACCUGGUUGGAAGAGAGGAACGAGAAUUGCAUGACAUGCUUUGUCGAUUUGAAGUCAGGUACUCCUUGCAUUGUGCUCGACCCGACUGGAACGAUGAUGAUUCUACUUCCGAGAGAUGAGGAGUUCCAAGAGGCUUCCUGA